GGGAAAGGGAAGGCAAGCUGGUUGUUAUGGGGACUGGAAUCUUUUAUUGGAAACUGGAAGGGACCUCGGUGACCCUUCAGGCCAACUCCCUUAUUUUACAGACGAGGAAACUGAGGCCCAGAAAGGUUAAAUUUCAUUCAUCUCCAUUCCUAUCACAUGUGGAAAAAUUUAAUUGCUGUUGAACAUAUUUGAACCAUCGAAGGCUGAAAGCUUUAAGAAAUUACAACUAUGAUGAAUUUCUUUCAAAAAAAUAAAAUGGAUUUAUCAAAUAGCAGUGAAAUUUACAAGAUAGAAGAGAGCCAAUUCAAAUGUACUUAUCCAGAUGAGAGAAGAGAAAAGAAUCAUGUUUAUUGUCUUCUUGAUAUCAGUGACAAUACACUUGAGCAAGAGCAAAAUGUAAGAUCCAAGGAAUUUUUUAUUGGCACCGGAUGGGAAGAAGCAGUACAAGGCUGGGGUAUGGCUUCUCCAACUGCCUGCAUUUGGCCAAGAAAGAAAUGCAAAAAACCAAGGGCAGGAGAAUGUGUCAGCAAAUGUUUGCUUUGUUUAAAUAUGUUACAAGUCGUUGACAAAAACAUGGUGCCUGAGCAUAAGACUUUUGGUGAUCCAGCCAAGCCUGAGAUGAAACUGCAAUCCAGCUCACCAGUCAUUGUGAUGACAGAAAAGGAAGAAAUCAUCACCUCAAGCCAGGAUGUAGCCAACUGUGCAGAAAGUCCAACCAAGGAAACCAACAAAAUCUACUUCCCAUCCCCUAAUCAGGGGGAACGGAAAAGCCUACAAGUCAAGGAGUUUGUUUGGCACCCAGAGAAGUGGUUUGCACCAGACAGUUUCAAGGAUUUCAAAAAGCCAGAAAGUGCUUGUAUCCAUCCAGACAAAGAUAACAGUCCUUUGGAGUCUCUGACUUCCAAGUCUCUUUUAGUUCUGCCUCCCCUCAAAGCAUCUUCCAAAAAUAACCUAGAUAACAUUACAAAGAAGAGUAAAGGCAUUUUCACUCAGUCUGACGAGAAACUGCCUAGCUCAGAUAAAGUUGAGACUGUUCCCUGUAUUUAUGGGAACAAGACCUUUGAUCACAAAAGUGAAAAGAGAAUCGCUGAAACAAUAAGGGGUUCCAUGGACAAGCAUCUGAAGUUAAAUGAUGUACCUUCUCUUUCUCCACAAAUUACAAGGACUUUGUUUCCUGAUCCUGAACGAUGCUGUUUGCACUGGUCCUUUCUGCCGGAGAAAGAUUUGGCAUCCAGUUCUAAUUCAGUUAAUUCCAGAAAGUUUAGCCAUCUUGCUACAUUGCGACUUAUGGAAAAACAGGGAAUGCAGAAUGGUAAAGUCAAAAUCAGAAAUGAGUUAAGACCUUCUGUUAAUGUCAGAAAGCGAAAUAUCCUUGAGGCCAAGCGAGAAAGCCGGUCUAAAACUCUGGAGGCCAAGGUCUUUUCAGGUCCCAUGUUGCCGUCUUUAACUGUGAACAGAGUUGUAAUUCCCAUGUUGCCUCAUAGACUUCUAUAAUGUCUUCAUAUUAUAUGCUGGAAACAAAUGCUUUUUGAAAUUCUCUUUUUUUCCUCCAGAGCCUGAGGAAAUUGAAGGUCUACUGGUUUUGUUUAUUCUUGUGCUUAGAAACAAUGUGCAUUUGUUACCUUCUGGAAAUACUGCUUGGGUAUAUGCAAACUGUAAAUUGAUCAUUCUAGGUCGGGAAUUCUUUUGACUACCUUUUGGCAUGCCCAGUGGGUGUAAAGUGGAUAACAUUUCAGGGUAAAUCCAAAGGGCUGUCUGUUUUUACUAGUGUUGGCUCAGGUUGUCUCUGCAGGGUUAUUUCCCUGUGUUUACCAAUGCCAUGAUCUGAUCUCACUGGAAGAGUUUAGACAAAACUGAGCCUUCUUUACGUAGAGAUCUCCUGUAUUAUAGACAUCUGAAACUCCCUUCCCUCUGUUUUCUCCUGUGAUGAAUUAGAAGGGAGGAUUCAGUUUGAAGAAGAAAUUAGAAUGCCUUCUCCCCCCACUUAAAAAAAUGAGCUUUGUGGUGGUAGGGGUGGGUGGGAAAGUAGUAUAAUAGGUAAAUGACUGGCAAAUAGAGCCAUAUUCUAAAUGGGGAUAUGUGAACUUGUAGCUCAGUUUUCAGUUCCAUUCAUGUGUACUAUUUUGUUAUUUUCAUUGCUCCUGCAAUUUGGAAGUUGAGUAUAUUUUGUUAGAGACCAUUUUUCUUCAUGUUGUAAGAGGCAGAAAAAAAAAUGGAGACUCGUAUAACUGUAAAUUCAGAUUGCUGCUUUUGAAUUGUCCUUACUGUAUUAUAAGAUUUCAAACAUCACUUUAAUAGAAAAUCCCAUCCUAUAAUAAAGUGAAUAGCUAUAUAGAAUGUAUCAUUA